AUGGCGGGUCUACGGCUGAAACCUGUGUUGUUUCUUACCCCUCUGAUCAUCCUGUGUUCCCUGUCGUUUACCCACGGAUAUCGUCAUGUGGGGAAACCGAUCACAGAAGAGUACUACGACCGCAUCCUCCUGUACUACACCAACCUGACCGUCGCCAUCGACAAAUCACCAUGGCGACUGCAGGUGUUCGAUAACAAGACGGAGGCCGCCAUCUUGUCUGAGAGCACGGACAUCGACAAGAAACUGGGUUUCGGCCUAUGGGAGGGGGAGUACCUGCACAUCUACGAGGGGUACCUGUUCCGUGUGGGUGACGUCACGCAGUGGUACCACGCCACGUCACUCCUCUCCUACCAGAAACCCGCCACGUUCGUAGUCGGGACCUCCGACACCGUCAACAACGCCACCAUCACCGUUACCAUAGACAACCCACAGCAGUUCAAACUGUCGUUCAAAAUCAACGUCAAUCAUCCUGGAAAAGGAAAUCGAGUAGCGAUGGGGUUCAACUUGGUGAACAAGACCGAGGGUUUCUACGGCUUUGGAGAGAGGUUUAACGACGCCAACCAGCGAGGCCACCGUGUGGGACACUGGCUGGAGGAAGGGUCGUUUGGCCUGGGCAACUGGGACAAGGAUCUACGCGUACCCAAAGGCGAGUUAUGUACGUACGCCCCGAUGCCGCUCACCAUCUCUUCCAGAGGAUACGGCCUACAGAUGGACAUGUUCCACAGGACCGUGUUUGACUUCAAACGCUGGGAUGACGUCAUGUACAUCGAAGCAGAAGCUGACUUCUUCCACAUGACUUUGUUCGCCGGCAGAACGCCAAGGGAAACUUUACAAAUGAUGACAGAUCAGAACGGCAGGUCACUCAUACCCCCGCCUUGGCAGUUUGGUCCGUGGAACCAGUUUUCUGAUGAUACAAAAGAAGAAACGAUCGUCACCCGUGCCAGAAACCUGCUGUUCGAUCAGGACAUCCCGCUCUCUCUCUGUAUCGAGCCGCUGCACUUCUUCCCUUCCGGUGUGGACCCGAGUAUUGUGCCCACGAGGAAGAAAGACCAUCAAGAACUUUCAGACAUCGGUAUCAAGUGUGUGGGCUACUUCAACCCGAUGGUGGCGUUAAUCUGGAACGGAACGUACGAACUGGCGGCCCGGAACAACUACCUGCUGAAAACUCAGACUGGGGAACCGUACAACUACACUUACCUAGGUUACCCAGAGGUGUCCCAGCUGGACUUCACGAACCCCGCCGCCGUGACGUGGUACCAGUCCCAGCUGGAGUACGCUAUCGGGAUGGGGUUCCGCGGCUGGAUGCAGGACUACGGGGAGUACACGCCGCCUGACUCACUCAGCUUCGACGGCACGGACGGACUAGAGAUGCACAACAAAUUUGUGCUCCUGUACCAGAACGCGACCUAUGACCUCCUGACCCGGAAGUACCCAUCAUCAGAACCAGAUAAAUACGCGCCGGACUUCGUGGUUUACGUCAGGUCAGGUUAUACGGGCUCUCAACGGUACACCUGGUCUCACUGGACAGGCGAUCCUACCUCCGACUGGUCCCACUCCAGCGGCCUUCCCGCCCAGAUCAUCGCCAGCCUCACGGUCGGUCUGUCGGGGAUGCCUUACUCCGGGUCAGACAUAGGCGGGUUUGUGUGGUACCUGACUCCCCCGCCGACUGAAGAGCUGUGGUGCCGCUGGGCAGAGGUGGGCUGCUUCAGCGGGACCAUGCACGAACAAGCUAGUGGAAAGGGGUUUGGAGAGAAGACCCACAUCUUCGACACCCCGGAAGGCACGCGAAUCUGGCGGAAGUACGCCAAGCUGCGCACCCAGCUCUUCCCGUACCUGUACAACACCGCACACGAGGCCUACCAGACGGGUCUGCCCAUCAUGCGGCACCACCUGCUGGACUUUCCCAACGACACUCAGGCCAUCAGUCACAACUUUCAGUACAUGUUCGGUCCGUCGUUCCUGGUUGCCCCGGUGAUAGAAGACGGCCGGAGGGGCUGGGACGUGUACCUGCCGGAGGGGGAGACAUGGAUAGAUGUCAGCAGUCAACUCAAGCAUGUUUUGUCGUAA